CCAUCCAACCUCUGUUCCUUAGGGACAAGCUGACAGAGAUGGGAGUAGAUUCAUACCUGGUGGCAUUGAUCGUGGACUAUCUUACAGACAGACCUCAGUAUGUGCGUCUCAGGAACUGCAGGUCUGACAUUGUGGUCAGCAGCACAGGAGCGCCACAGGGGACUGUACUUUCUCCGGUCCUGUUCAGCCAACAUACAUUGGACUUCCAAUACAACUCGGAGUCCUGCCACGUGCAAAAGUUCGCUGAUGACACUGCUAUCGUGUGCUGCAUCAGGAGUGGGCAGGAGGAAGAGUAUAGGAACCUAAUCAAGGACUUUGUUAAAUGGUGCGACUCAAACCACCUACAACUGAACACCAGCAAAACCAAGGAGCUGGUGGAGGAUUUUAGGAGUCCCAGACCCCUCAUGGACACCGUGAUCAUCAGAGGUGACUGUGUGCAGAUGGUACAGACCUAUAAAUACCUGGGAGUGCAGCUGGAUGAUAAAUUGGACUGGACUGCCAAUACUGAUGCUCUGUGUAAGAAAGGACAGAGCCCACUAUACUUCCUUAGAAGACUGGCGUCCUUCAACAUCUGCAAUAAGAUGCUGCAGAUGUUCUAUCAGACGGUUGUGGCGAGUGCCCUCUUCUACACGGUGGUGUGCUGGGGAGGCAGCAUAAAGAAGAGGGACGCCUCAUGCCUGGAUAAACUGGUGAGGAAGGCAAGCUCUAUUGUUGGCAUGGAGCUGGACAGUUUGACAUCCGUGGCAGAGCAACAGGCGCUGAGCAGGCUCCUGUCCAUCAUGGAGAAUCCACUGCAUCCACUGAACAGGAUCAUCUCAGACAGAGGAGCAGCUUCAGCGACAGACUGCUGUCACCGUCCUGCUCCACUGACAGACUGAGGAGAUCGUUCCUCACCCACACUAUGCGACUCUUCAAUUCCGCCUGGGGGGGUAAACGUUAACAUUAUUCAAAGUUAUUGUCUGUUAUACCUGCAUUGUUAUCACUCUUUAAUUUAAUAUU